CAUUACUAAUUAAUACCCCAAAACGCAUUUCUCGUAAUGCUUUUCUCUCUUCUUCCUCUUCCCUAAUAAUCUCCCACUUCCCCAUUUCCUCUCCCAUCUCUGUGCCCUAAUUCCGCCAUGUUCACCGAUUCCGUUUCUUCCACUCUCUCCAUAUGGACCUCCCUCAACAGUUGGUUCACUCCCACUGUUCUCUUCGUCGUCCUCAACCUCGUGAUUGGCAUCAUUGCCAUUGCUUCCAACUUAGGCGGCCCUCAAAGACCUCAUCAACGCCAUCCUUCCGACCCCGACCACCCUCAGUACCUCCACAGAUCUCCUUCUGUGCUUCAGAGGCUCAAAUCAAUGAAUCCUUAUGCUUAUAGAUCUGAAGAGCCGGCUACUGUGUUCGAGAAACCGCCUGGAACCGACGCUCAUUAUGCUAAUUAUGAACAUCCGCAACUGGUUCGGCCUCCUUCUGUGCUUCAGCGGUUUAAGUUUAGCUUCUCAGUCUACAAACCGGAAGAGUCUUUUCAAUCUCCGCCGCCAGCAACUUCCUUCGAGAAAUCGCCUGGAAUUGAUACUCAUUCCGCUAACUACCAACAUCCGCAACUGGUUAGAUCUCCUUCUGUGCUUCAGCGGCUUAAGUUGAGUUUCUCAGGCUACAAACCGGAGGACUCUUUCCAAUCUCCGUCGCCGGUGACUCUCUCCGAGAAACCACCUGGAGUCGACAGUCAUUAUGCUAAUUUCGAACAUCCGCAACUGAAAGUCGAGGAGGUUCAGAUCCGUCGGAGAAAGGAUGAGUCGAAACGAGUGGAGGAAGAGGAGUAUGAAGAUAUGGAUGGAGGUCACGAACCGACUAUGGAUGAGGUUUACAGUAAACUCCAUGGCGAUCACUUCAACAGGACGAAAUCCGACACGAUGCCGACCGCCGGUGAGUUUCCGACGAAAUUGCCGAGGAAGAUGAAGAAAUCAGCGAGUUCGAAAUCUGCGUUCUCGCAUUUCGAAGCGGGUGAAAUCGUGGAGAAUCGGCGUCCGGCGACAGUGAAAGAAGGGAGAGAGAAAAUGACCGAGAUAGACGACGAAGUGGACGCAAGGGCCGAUGACUUCAUCAACAAAUUCAAGCAACAGCUGAAGUUGCAGAGGUUGGAAUCCAUACUCAAGUACAAGGAGAUGGUCGGCAGAGGAAACGCAAAAUAGGGCAAGGUAAAUAAAAAAGUAAUUUUAAACUCUUUUGGGGUGGAGUUUUCUAAUUUUUGAUAUUCUCAAGGAUUAGUUUGAAAUUUCAAGUUUUAUAGAAUGGACUCCAGCAAUUAAACUAAUUAAAGCCUAAAAGCAAAAAGCAGAUCUACUGUUUUUAUUUCCCUCUUUUGUAACUUUUAUUUCCGGAAUUCUCUUUUCUUAAAUGCCCUUCAAGUUUGGCCUUCAA